GGGAAGCGAGAUCGCCUACUAUAAAGUAGAUCUCCAGCCAGCAGGCUGAACGGAGAGCUUGAACGCUGUUGGACACUGAGCUCCUCGGCCGGAAAAAUAGGGAUCUUUGUGUCUUCCGCUAGUAGUAGUAGUAGUCCUCAAAUCCGACGACAGCAGGGAGCAGCCAUGCCUUUCGGUAACACGCACAACCAGAUGAAGAUGAAAUUCACCUCCGAGCAGGAGUACCCCGACCUCAGCAAACACAACAAUCAUAUGGCCAAGAUCCUGACUCCUGCUAUGUACGAGCGGCUGAGGAGCAAACAGACACCCAGUGGAUUUACUCUGGAUGAUGUCAUUCAGACUGGGGUUGAUAACCCAGGCCACCCCUUCAUCAUGACUGUGGGCUGCGUGGCCGGAGACGAAGAGACAUACGAGGUCUUCAAAGAGCUGCUGGACCCUGUGAUCGAGGACAGACACGGAGGAUACAAACCCACAGACAAGCACAAGACCGACCUCAACCCAGACAACCUGAAGGGCGGCGACGACCUUGACCCCAACUACGUUCUGAGCUCCCGAGUCCGCACAGGCAGGAGCAUCCGUGGCUUCAGCCUGCCACCCCACUGCAGCCGAGGAGAGAGGCGCGCCGUGGAGAAACUGUCCAUUGAAGCUUUGGCCUCCCUGACAGGAGAUCUGAAGGGGAAGUACUACGCCCUGAAGAACAUGACUGAUGCUGAACAGCAGCAGCUAAUCGAUGACCACUUCCUGUUUGACAAACCAGUGUCUCCUCUGCUGCUGGCCUCUGGGAUGGCCCGCGACUGGCCUGACGCCAGGGGCAUCUGGCACAAUGACAACAAGACUUUCCUGGUCUGGGUGAAUGAGGAAGACCACCUGCGUGUAAUCUCCAUGCAGAAGGGCGGCAACAUGAAGGAAGUGUUCCACCGCUUCUGCACUGGCCUCACCAAGAUUGAGAGCCUGUUCAAGGACCGAGGCCAUGCCUUCAUGUGGAAUGAGCACCUGGGCUACGUGCUGACCUGCCCCUCCAACCUGGGCACCGGCCUGCGAGGCGGAGUGCAUGUCAAGCUGCCCAACAUGAGCAAGCACCCCAAAUUUGAGGAGAUUCUCAAAAGGCUCAGGCUGCAGAAGCGUGGAACUGGUGGUGUGGACACAGCUGCUGUUGGCGGUGUGUUUGACAUUUCAAACGCAGACAGACUGGGCUUCUCUGAGGUGGAGCUGGUGCAGAUGGUGGUGGAUGGAGUAAAGCUGCUGGUGGAGAUGGAGAAGAAGCUGGAGAAGGGCCAGUCCAUUGAUGACAUGAUGCCCGCACAGAAGUAAAACUGCUCCCCUGCUCUCCCUCCCCCUCCCCUCCCAUCCCCUCUUUGUGUCUGAAUGAAUGUUUGACUCUGACCUGGAAUGCACUCUGUAUUUAAGAGCACUAAUUCACACGGUUCUUGUUGUAAAGUGAGGGUGGAUCUGACAUUAAAUAAACUGUUCAAUGUGCAAGUCAAA